CUUGAACUUUCCAGCCAUGUCGAUUCGCAGUGAAACGGUGGCGUGGAGCUUGUUUGAAGAUGAGAGUGCCCUUCCAGCUGACAGAGACCGUUGGCAAUUGAAAGAGGACGACAGCCAGUGCAUUUUCAUGACUUUGGAAAGCACGCUGUUGUCAAGCAUCCUGCUUACCGCAGCUGAAAUGCUGGGGUUGCUCCGCUUGCAGCUGCCUGCAGUGUGCAGGCUUUUCCGGUAUGUGACUUCAGAAGAACCCUUGUGCUGGCGGCAGCUCACCCUUACCCCUUCACAUGCUUCACAUCUUGCAUGCGCAGUGGUGACUGACGAGCUGGUCUGUCGUUUAGCCAGACUUCAUGGACCAAAGUUGUUGCAUGUUGCCUUGGACGGGGCACGUUUGCUGGGCCCAUCCUCUGUCUCUACAUUGGCAUACAACAGCCCUCAACUGCAGGGUUUCACUGCCACAGGAUGCCAGGGUAUAAGCUUCGCAUCCAUCUGUUUCCUUUGCAAAUCGUGCCCUGACCUCGAGAUUCUGCGAGUUGCAGGAUGUGGUUCUGAGGCAGAUGUGCUUGGCAAGACUGGUGCAGACAUGUUAGCGCAGACUCUGGCACAGAAAUGUCCUCGCCUGCGGCAAGUGGCGCUUUCAAAUUUGAGGCAAGAAGACAGUCUCACAGCAUUGCUGAAAUCCGCUCAACUGGAGAAGCUGGACCUCUUUGACUGUCAGCAGCUCUCAUGCAGCAAUGGUGCUUUUGCAGCACUUGAAGGGCAGCAAUUGCAGUCACUGAAGUUAGCUGGAUGCACAAAGAUGACUUCUCUGGCAGGAAACUUGAGAGGACUGGAAGCACUAUAUCUGGGAGGUUGCGGACGACUCAUGGACACUGAAUCCUUGGGUUCCGCUUUGAAGUCGUGCAAUGAAAGCCUUACAUUUUUGAGUUUGGUGGACUGCCACAGCCUAUCAACAAACGGUUUGAAGUCAGCCUUUGAAAAAAGUGGAAGACUGGAAAAUCUCAAGACCUUAGUUCUGGGUGGUUGUAGGGUUGAUGAUGAGCUUUGCCAGCUCUUGGCCAACAUUUGUCCGUCUUUGACCUCCCUGGAUUUGUGGAACUGUCCCCACGUGACCAACAUUGGAGUAUCAUCGAUCAUUCAAUCUGAAGCUCCACUGUCAGAGCUAAACCUUCGCGAAUGUUUGAGGGUUCAAGGAGCAGUGCUGCUCGAAUUCUGCAAGUCGGCAUCCUCAAUUCCUCGAAAAGUGCGAACUUUAGAUAUCUCUUUCCUUGGAGUUGUAAAUGAUGAACACCUCUUGCCAGUUCUCCAAGAGCAUGCGGAUAGCCUUGCGUGCUUAAAUUGUGGAGGUCCCAGGUGUUUCAUCACGGAGAGGCUCCUAUCAUUCUUGCCUCCAAAUUUGGAGGCUUUGGACCUGGCAGAUUGUAAACUUCUGCGAGACAUUGACGAAGUUUCGAAACUUCACCAUCUUUCUGCACUAAGUUUGGAAGGCUGUGUGGCUCCCAUGGCUCAGGUUUUGGAGAUUUGCCGCCGUUGUCCUUUGACGUCUUUGAAUUUGUCACGCUGUGCAGUUGCAGAUGAAACUGCCAAAGAGAUUGCGUCGAUAUUGCCGAAGCUCUUGGAAUUGGAACUCAGUGGAAGCCUGGUGAGUGAUGUCGGCCUAAAAGCCAUUGCUGGUCAGUGCCGUCGCUUGGUGCAACUGGGGCUCCGAAGCUGUGCCAUCAGUCGAGCUGCAGUGGAGGAGACCAAGAAAGUGUUGCCCGCAUGUGUCAUUGACUGGGAUGAAACCUGAGCCAAAGGAUGAAA